AUGUCCAACGGCGUCGCGACCAACGGCAAUGGAUCCCAGGAUCAAACUCAUACCCCUUCCCAGCGCUACUUGAGCACGCGCGGUGAGGACAGCGGUCUCUCCUUCGAAGACGUCGUCCUCAAGGGUCUCGCCUCCGACGGCGGUCUCUACAUCCCCGAAGAGGUGCCUGUCGUGCCCGAGUCCGUAUGGCAAAGCUGGAAGGACCUCUCCUUCACCGACCUCGCCUACAACAUCAUCUCCCUCUACAUCUCCCCUUCAGAGAUCCCCGCCGAAGACCUCAAAGACAUCAUCAACCGCUCCUACGCCACCUUCCGCACCCCCGACGUCACUCCCCUCGUCCACCUCCAGGGCAGCAUACACCUUCUUGAGCUGUUCCACGGCCCGACCUUCGCCUUCAAGGAUGUCGCCCUCCAGUUCCUCGGCAACCUCUUUGAGUACUUCCUCGUGCGCAAGAACCAGGGCAAAGAGGGAAGGGACAGGUACCACUUGACCGUUGUUGGUGCGACAAGCGGUGACACCGGUUCUGCCGCCAUCUACGGUCUGCGCGGCAAGAAGGAUGUCUCCGUCUUCAUGCUUCACCCCAAGGGCAAGGUGAGCCCCGUCCAGGAGCUCCAGAUGACCACUGUCCUCGAUGCCAACGUCCACAACCUUGCCGUCACUGGCAACUUCGACAACUGCCAAGACAUUGUCAAGGCCCUCUUCGCCGACCCCGAGAUCAACUCUACCCACAAGCUCGGCGCCGUCAACUCCAUCAACUGGGCCCGUAUCCUUGCUCAGACUGUCUACUACUUUUACUCUUACUUCUCCCUUGCCCGUCAGUCCGAAUCCUUCAACAUUGGCGACAAGGUUCGCUUCGUCGUUCCCUCGGGCAACUUCGGCGACAUCCUCGCCGGCUACUUCGCUUUCCGCAUGGGUCUCCCCGUCGACAAGCUCGUCAUCGCCACCAACGAGAACGAUAUCCUUGACCGCUUCUGGAAGACAGGCUGCUACACCAAGAAGCCCGUCAGCAGCUCCAAGGCCGAGGGCGGUCUUCCCGAGGACGGCGUCAAGGCGCACGAGGAUGGAGUCAAGGAGACCAUGAGCCCCGCCAUGGACAUCCUUGUAUCGAGCAACUUUGAGCGCCUGCUGUGGUUCCUCGCCUACCAGUUCGCCUCCAGCGCCGGCAUGGACGACGAGUGGAACAAGAAGCAGGCCGGUCAGGAGGUCAGCUCCUGGCUCAAGGAUCUCAAGGAGAAGGGCGGUUUCGGUCCCGUCUACAAGGACGUUCUCGAGAGCGCGCGCCGCAACUUCGAGUCCGAGCGCGUCAGCGACGAGGAGACCCUCGACACCAUCAAGAGCCUGUACCAGGAGGUCGGCUACGUACUGGACCCCCACACCGCCGUCGGCGUCGAAGCCGCCAGGAGGUCGGUCAAGCGCGCCGGUGAUAACAUCCCCCACAUUUCCCUCUCGACAGCCCACCCCGCCAAGUUCUCGGGCGCCGUCACUCUUUCGCUCAAGGACGAGGCCGGGUUCGACUUCGAGGCCAAGGUGCUACCGCAGGAGUUUGUCGGUCUGGACAAGAAGGAGAAGCGCGUCAACGAUGUGGCCAAUGACUGGAUGGCAGUGAGGGAGCUGGUCAGGAAACAAGUAGAUGAGGAGUUGAAGGCGCGGGAUGAUUCUGCAUAG